AUGAAAGGCCUCGAGAGAGUGAAGCUCUGUCAGAAAAAUAAGUUUACAGGGCGUGAUCUGCAGCCAUCAUAUCAGUGCACCGUAUUUACUCCUAGUACCAUAAAAGUUGAAAACAUUCCAUUUCAAGAUUUUUCUGAAAGUUUAUCACCUCAGUCGUUCAAUAGCAGCAUUGAUGUGAAACCAGAAUCACCUGUAAUUUCAGCUAGUGAAGUCACAACUUCUACACCAUCUGUGACAUCCAGUCCACAGAAUGGCCCUGAACAAAAAGAUAAAUCAGAAAUGGAUGAAAGUGGCAUUGUCAUACAACAAGCUCAAGGUGAUGAAAUUUAUAUUACUGCAAAAACAUCCACUGCUGAACUUCAUAACUGGCUAAUAAAAAAUAAAUUUUCAAAAUACCUUUCAUGCUUUGCAUUAUAUUCAGCAAAAGAUUUGUUGUGUUUAAGUCGAGCAGAUAUGGUUGACAUUUGUGGAGCAGCUGAUGGAAUACGAUUAUAUAAUUGCCUCCAUAUUAGGCAUCCUCCUCCUCUGCGAAAAUUCUACAUUUCCAAGGAUAGAUUAAGAUUCCAUGGCCUUUAUUUGGACUCUUUAACUUGCUAUGAAGUGAAAGAACAACUUUGUAAAAUUUACAGACUUCCAUCUGGAACUGUGGGGGAAAUAUAUGUUACAGGACCUGAAGGAAUACUGUUAAUUAUAACUGAUAAAGUGUUACAAAAUAUGAAAGAUGAAUCCACAUACAUUUCUGAUGUUUUAAAAGCUGAAGAAAAUGAGAAUUAUACAAUUAUUUUGAAAUCUUAUAAGAACAUUCCAAAUCAGGAAACAUAACAUUUGUUGAAAUUUUAUGAGAAUUGUUUUGGAGGUUGUAUAUUUUUUAGUGCCAAUAUAAAAAGAUUUUAUUUAAUUGCUGUAUUUCAGCAAUUUUUAUGAUAAAUUUUAUUGUUAAAAUUCAUUUUAAAUGUGUUGUUGUAUUUACUUUUGAUAAAUAAAUAUUUUUUAAAUCAGUG